GGGUUAGAGCCACGCUCCAGGGGCGGGAUCGAAGGCGGAGCAAGGCGACAUGCAGGCCACAGCUCCAAGCCUCACCCGUGCCCAGGUCCGGGAAGGUGCGGGCGCCGCGGGCGAUACAACCAGCGCAGAUCCACGUGUUGCUCGAGCACAGCAUGCCUCAGGGCGCGGGGAAGACGCCGCACUCACGGCCGGAAGGCCGGGAAAUCGACUUCAUACGUUCGCCCUCAAUGUGCCUUUCCCGUCGCCCUUGGAGGCAGAUAUCGCCCGUGGAUCCCUGGACCCCGAUGUGGAACCUCACCGAGAAGUGGUUCGGAAGGAAUUCACAGUGAAUGGCAGCGUUCUAGCGGUCCACUGGAGAGCUGAAGAUUCUCGUCUCCUCCGAACUUCCAUCAUCAACUUUCUUGACCAGCUUUCCCUAGUGAUGCGGACCAUGCAGCGCUUCGGGCCCCCUGUUCCCCGCUGAGCCUGGGCUAGGAAAAGGGGGCUGAAGUCCAACCUUGUAUCCGGUCCUUCCUACGGCAGUGAUUCCUGCAGUAGUUGCCACUUUAUUACAAGGCCCUCAUCUUUAGCCUGUACUGGCCCUUGGACACUUGUGGUCCACUUGUUUCGUUUGGUGCUUAAGUGUUUGUCACUACAGCAAAUAAAACUGAGCUUCUAUUCCA